UGCAACCUUCAAAGCCAGCUGCACUUGCCGUGCAGUUCUGUCCUCCUCUUCCCCCGCGAGUAGUUCUCUUGCUUGUGUGCUUGUGUGCCUGUGUACUUGCAAUUUGCUUCCGUGUCAGCGUGUGUUGCCGGGUUGAGCACCGCCGUCUAGUGUGAUUACCGUACUGCUGUCCGCACGCGCCUCGGUCACCCACCAGCCAUGGAACACCAGGUCGACAAUCCCGCUUCGAAGCCCGCAAAACCUCCCGUCAUCAGAGGCGCGAGGGCGUGCACCGUCUGCCGUGCAGCCAAGAUGAAGUGCGUUGGCUCAGAUGACGGCCAACAGCCCUGCUUGCGGUGCAGGCGAUCAAACACCCAAUGCGUCUUCGAAAAACACCGACGUGGCCGUAAGCCUGGUUCAAAGUUAUCUGAAGCAUCCAAGAUGCUCAGACGCCUUGAAAAGGGCCUCAACAAUGCCAAACUCAAGUCUCUUGCCUCAGAGUCGGCUCUUGCUGCCAAUCAAUCUCGACUCUCCAAUCUAACUGAUGCAGAUGUCAGACUCGCCCAACUUGGUCAGGCAGACGCGUCUCAGUACCGUCCCGGUCUCGAUUCACGCCAUCCAUCACUCAACGGUCAGUCAGAUCGACCUUAUCAUCCCACGGCAUCUGGUGCGAGCUCGUUGGAUGAGGAUGAGGACGAUGGGGAACCAAACGAAGAGGGGAUGUACCCCGCAAAACUAAUCAAGAAGGAAAAGCAACGUAAUUCGUUCUUCGGAACAGUACUUGGUCCAACUGCUUCCGGGAGGUCUCCCGUCGAGAACGCAUACUCACCAGCAUCUUCGACCAAUGCGGACCGUACUACCUUCACAUCAGAACCGUCUACAACGUCCCUCUUUCAUACAGCAUUUGCCCAACUACAAGACCCGGUGCAAAAGGGUCUCAUGGAUGACCAGGAGGCUGAAAACAUCAUAGAUCUCGUCCUUAUUCGACUAAAUCCAUUCGUUAACCUCUUCGACCCUGAGCUUCACUCUGCUGCAUACAUCCGGAAACGGAGUCCAUUCUUAUUUACAGCACUUAUUAUGGCUGGCAGUAAAUUCUUCAACCCUCGAUUAUACCCCAAAUGCCAGGAACUCGCUGAACAGCAUGCUGUCAAAGCAUUUGCUGAGCAACAUAAGAGUGUAGAGGUAGUACAAGCCUUCAUGUGUCUCACUUAUUGGAAAGAACCUGAUAGUACGAAAACUUGGACUUAUAUUGGAUAUGCCUGUCGGAUGGCAGUUGAGCUGGGGUUAAAUAAAUAUAUGGUACGACCUCCGGAAUCGGAAUCAAAUUUUCAGAGACUAGAACGACGAAAUCGAGAGCGGACAUAUUUGGUCCUCUUCGUUCAUGACAGGAGUCUAAGUAUGCAGACGGGCCGUCUUUGGAUGCUUCCCGAGGAUGAUCUUGUCACCGAAUCGUUCAAUUGGCAUGAACAGGUACCUCCAGGCACCGCAAUUCGACCGGAAGAUGUCAUCUUAUCCGCUUUUGUAGCUCUUCGGCUGAUUGCUACUGAGACCACCAAGAUGUUUGAGCUUCAGAAGGGUUCUGCAAACAACGGACAACCGGAUAACUACGAUUUUCUCCUGAAUGCGUGCAAUACAAAAUUAUCAAACUGGGCAACUACUUGGUCUACGGAGAUGAAGCGCGCCCACGGAGAAUCCUUCCAUCAUUCGUUCUUAGAGUUCUUCCAGCUCUAUGUUGGUCUCUUCCUCAACAGCUUCGGCUUACAUGCAUAUAUGAGCAAUGUGGCUGGACUCUCGCCGAGUUUGCAAGCACUCAGUGCAUGUUAUAACAAUGCGUCGCGUUGCCUUGAGAUCAUAGUCAAAGAAUUUGCACGCGUUCAGAUGCUUCAAUAUAGCCAAGAAUCAAUCACUGUAAUGACUGCCUACUGCGCUGUCAUGCUCCUCCGACUCCUCCGAAAGACUAAUAUGAAGACCGACGAAGGGACUGCUCCGACUGUACUUGGACUCAUCUUAAGUGCGUCGGAUGCCUACAAGGAGGCGGGUACAAUGAUGCCAUCCUCGUCUUCCUGUGCCGCACACGCUCGUUUCCUUCGCACUCUUGUGGAGAGGGAAGAACUGAAAGCUCGUAAUUUAAGCCGGGAAAGGAUGGACAAUAUCGACCCUGCCCUUCAAACACCCGUCAAAUACUCACCUUUCGACGGUCACCCGCAUACUGGGGUGAGCAACUCUCCUCCUUUAGAACAAUACCCAACGAAUGGAUCAAUGAACGCAAUGGACAACGGGUAUCCGUACCAACCAUAUCAGCAACCUGAUACGAUGGUUUCACCUCAACCUGGGAAGGCAGCGAACGGUUUACCUACCCCAGAGGCUUUCCAUGGAAACUUAAUGGCAAGCCAAGCUCAUGCGGAUCACAUUUAUUAUGACAAUAUGUGCAAAGAGUUGGGUGUUAUGCAGGGUGGUGAUCUCAUACAUGGUCCGUCGGCGUUUUAUCCUAGGAUGCCACCUUCAGAGACGUAUCCCAUGAUGGGCCAGUAAAUCGGUAAUUGCUUUUCUUAAUGCCGUUUACGACGUAGCCACGUUUUUCUCUCUUUCACCUUUCUUCCUUUUUUUACUUUUCAAUUGCCUCCUUUCUUACACGUUUCCGUUUCCGUAAACCAACCCUUUUCUUUCCUUUCUCCUUUCUUCCAAUUUCCAAUUUUCCAUUACACACCGCCUUUUUACUUUCAUCUUUGCAAGCCAAGCAAGCCACGAAAAUACAUAUGUAAUUUAAUCAUCGGUAUGUACCGUGAAAAUAUAGAUUUCUCUCCCCACAGCAGCUGCAAUCCUUGAACUAUAACUCGUCAAUACCCAGUCAAAGUCGGCAAUACGAUGAGGAUGAGGAGCGACGUGCAUGGGCGUUGGCUGAGUUUGUGGGAUGAAGGUGUUGUUGACGAUGAUGCUUGCGCCUUUUAGUGUUGUUGAGGAUGUCGAUAUUGCGAAUACGUCGGCGUAUACGGGACACCAGCGGAAACGAUGGCCUCCUUCGGGGAAACAUGGACCAGUCAUGAAAGGUUUUCCGCCGUUCAGUCUGUUUAUAUCCCAUAUUGCGAAAUCUGAACCAAAGACAGCGCCGAUGAUUUUAAAAUCAUCAGCUCUCCAAGCCGCAUGUCCAGACAAGAACCUCGCCAUAUUCGUCGCAGCGUACCCCAAGCUCUUGGGAUGAACCAACUCCAACAUGUUCUUAUGGCUGAACGCGUCUUCGAGAUUUUCGUUGGGAUCUUUCCUCCAGUCGAUAAGGAAGACGGACCCUUGGGAGUCGGAGACGAUGAACUCUUUGCUGGUUGAGGGGUGUGAGGCUAUUGAGCAGAGGGGGUAUGCGAAGGGGAUGGCUAGUGCUG